AUGGCGGAAUACGACAAAACACAAGGUGGUUAUCGUAUUUUUAUUGGCGAUUUAGGCCACAGAAUUGGUAAAUUUGAGAUCGAAAAAGAGUUUGAGAAGUAUGGAUCUAUUGUAGACACAUGGGUUGCCAGAGAUCCACCAGGUUUUGCCUUUGUGGUGUUUAAAUAUGGGGAGGAUGCUGAUACAGCUGUAAAAGAAAAACAUGGAAGACAAGUUAGUGGAAGAAGAGUAAGAGUAGAACACGCC